CUGCUCAGCAAAGCAGAGAAAAAACACUGAGAGCAGAACGUCAACUGGAAAUGAGACACUAAUUUCUAAAACACGGCAAGGUGAAAAGACCUUGUCUAAUAAGUGGACAUUACACCUCCCAUGAAAGGUCUCAUUGGACUUUGAAAGUGGUUGAAUUCAUGGAUAUGGCUUUAUGUGCUCCACCAACAAAUGCUCUCUGAACAUUUUCAUGGUUUAAAAGAGAGAGUUCUACACUUCAAGUUGUGAACAUUCUGAGCUUCGAACAAAGAGAUGGAAGCCAUCGCAAUGUAUAACUUUAAGACCACUGAGCGAGAUGAACUGCCUUUCAACAAAGGGGACACCGUGAAGAUUCUUAAUAUGGAAGAUGAUCACAACUGGUUUAAAGCAGAACUUUUUGGAAUAGAGGGCUAUGUUCCAAAGAACUACAUAAAAAUGAAGCCUUAUCCGUGGUAUGCUGGCAGGAUCUCUAGACAAGUAGCAGAAGAAAUAUUGCUAAAGCGGAAGCAACUGGGAGCCUUCUUAAUCCGGGACAGUGAGAGCUCACCUGGGGAAUUCUCUAUCUCAGUAAACUAUGGGCAACAUGUUCAGCAUUUCAAGGUACUGAGGGAGAGGAGUGGUGUGUAUUACAUUUGGGAAACAAAAUUCAACUCUCUAAACGAGCUAGUGGAUUUUUACCGUACAAGUUCUAUUGCCAAAACUCACCAGGUCUUCUUACGAGAUGAGGAGGAGAAGAGGAAAACAUGGUUUGUUCAGGCCCAGUUUGACUUCACCGCUCAAAAUGCAACACAGCUGUCUUUCAAACGAGGGGAUAUCAUAGAGGUCAUAGACUUCUCUAAUCCCAAUUGGUGGAAAGGAAGGAUCUCUGGAAAAAUUGGCAUUUUCCCACAGAACUAUGUGAACCAGAUGUCAACAUGAUCUUCAUAUCUACUCAUUUCCCUCUUAUGUGGAUUUAUCAUUUCUUUUAAGUUGUAUAGUACUGUUAAAGGGACACUCAGGUUUUAUUAAAUUUCCAUGAUUCAGAUACAGCAUGUAAUUUUAAACAACUUUCCAAUUUACUUCCAUUAAAAAAAAAUGUGCACAGUC